AUGAAAGGCAGGAUUGCAGUGAAUUACAGACGGCCUUUGUGUAGUGGGGGUGGCUUUGGUUACCGAGUGGGAGGCCUUUGUGGUCCCACUCCCCCCUGCAUCACCACGGUGUCUGUCAACGAGAGCCUGCUCACACCCCUCAACCUGGAGCUUGACCCCAAUGCGCAGUGCGUGAAGCAUGAGGAGAAGGAGCAGAUGAAGGGCCUCAACAGCAGGUUCGCCGCCUUCAUCAGCAAGGUGCGCUUCCUGGAGCAGCAGAACAAGCUGCUGGAGACCAAGUGGCAGUUCUACCAGAACCGCAAGUGCUGUGAGAGCAACCUGGAGCCGCUGUUCGAGGGCUACAUCGAGACACUGAGGCGGGAGGCCGAGUGUGUGGAGGCUGACAGUGGGAGGCUGGCCGCUGAGCUCAACCACGUGCAGGAGGCCAUGGAGGGCUACAAGAAGAGGUAUGAAGAGGAACUGACCCUCAGGGCCACGGCUGAGAAUGAGUUCGUGCAGUUAAAGAAGGACAUAGACAAUGCCUACCUGCACAAGGCAGAACUAGAAGCCGACACUGAGUCGCUGAGGGAUGAGACCACCUUCCUACAGUCCCUGUAUGAAGAGCAAAUAAUGUAUCUUCAGUCCCAGAUCUCAGAAACCUCAGUGGUGGUGAAGAUGGACCACAGUCGGGGGCUCAACAUGGACAUGGUCGUGGCUGAGAUCAAGGCUCAGUAUGAUGAUAUUGCCAGCCGCAGCCGGGCUGAGCCUGAAUCUUGGUACCAGUGCAGAGUCGAAGAGGUGAAAGUCACAGUGACACAGCAGAGCCAGAACCUCCACAAAGGCAAGGAGGAGCUCAGUGAGUUGAAUCGUGUCAUCCAGAGGUUGACGGCUGAGGUGGAGAAUGCCAAACAGCAGCGCUGUAAGCUGGAGGCCGCUGUAGCUGAGGCAGAGCAGCAGGGUGAGGCGACUCUCAGGGAUGGUCGCUGCAAGCUGGCAGGGCUGGAGGAGGCUCUGCAGAAGGCCAAGCAGGACAUGGCCUGCCUGCUCAAGGAGUACCAGGAGGUGAUGAACUCCAAGCUGGGCCUGGAUGUGGAGAUUGCUACUUACCGGAAACUGCUGGAAGGCGAGGAAAGCCGGUUAUGUGAAGGUGUGAGCUCAGUCAACAUCUGUGUGAGCCGUUCCCAGGGAGGUGGCAUGAUCUGUGGGACCCUCAGUUCCCCUGUCUCUCAUGGUCAUCAGUGGUAA